AACUGGGGGUAGCAGACAGCCAAUAAGGUUGCUCUCGUAGUAAGCUAGCGCGAGGUUGUGAGCCAGGUUUAGAAGCAAGCGGCGUGCCUUGCGGAGCACACGAGCGAACAAUACAGACCCAAGAUGGCUAAAGGUGACCCGAAGAAGCCAAAAGGCAAAAUGUCGGCUUAUGCCUACUUUGUGCAGACUUGUCGUGAGGAGCACAAAAAGAAGAACCCUGAAAUCCCAGUCAAUUUUUCAGAGUUCUCUAAGAAAUGCUCUGAGAGAUGGAAGAUAAUGUCAGGCAAGGAGAAGUCAAAGUUUGAUGAUCUGGCUAAGGCUGACAAAGUGAGAUAUGAUAGGGAAAUGAAAGACUUUGGACCCGUUAAAGGAAGUAAGAAGAAGAAGGACCCCAAUGCUCCCAAGAGACCACCAUCUGGCUUCUUUCUGUUUUGCUCAGAAUUCCGUCCCAAAAUUAAAUCUCAGAGCCCUGGUAUUUCCAUUGGUGACAUUGCAAAGAAAUUGGGAGAGAUGUGGAACAAUCUUACUGAUAGUGAAAAGCAGCCCUACAACAACAAGGCAGCUAAACUGAAGGAAAAAUAUGAAAAGGAUGUUGCUGACUAUAAAUCUAAAGGAAAAGUGGAUGGUGCUAAAGCAGCAGCUGCUAAGAUGGUACGGAAAAAGGUAGAAGAGGAUGAAGAUGAUGAAGACGAGGAUGAAGAAGAGGAAGAGGAUGAUGAAGAAGAUGAUGAAUAAAGGAUGUACAUUCUGUCCAUGUGAAUACCAUAGAGUAGGGGAACCACCAUCUGUGAUUGGGCCAUCUUACUCAAGAUGACAUGCCCUUAGGGUUAAUUGCAAAACUUGGUUCUGAUGUCAUAGUUUCAAUAUAAUGCUCUUGGGAGUUGUAACUUGCUUACAUUAUGUAGCAAUGUAAAAUGAGCACUACGAAACUAUAAAGGUUGUACAUAUUUCCAAACAUUUUUAAAUACGGCGCUCUAGUGUUCUCCUCACUCUGUGCACUUUGCUGUUGGUGUAUCAAAGCAUUUAAAAGAUGUUUCAAGCAUUUCUUUUGUUUAAUUUAAGGUGUUUCUAAAUGGUUAUUGAUUAGAAAAUCCUGGGUUAUGAACUGUACAUAUCUAUUCUGUAAAAACAAAAUAGACACAAUUACUAUGGUGCAUAUUUUUUGGAGCUGUUGGUACCUCAGGGUUUUAAAACUUCCCUGUAUUUUAACACCUUUUUAAGGUUUGCCAUUCUAGCCAAAGGAAUGCACAUGGAGUUCAAAUUACACUACAAUGGGCGUCAAUUAGCUUAAAGUUGUCUUUCUGUAUAUAGUGAGUUAGCAUUCUGCAAUUAGUUGUCAAAAGGGGUUCAGCUGGCAUGAGAAAUGUAUGGAUUUAUUUUUAGUUAAGUGCAGUAGUUUUAAACCUGAGGCUGUAGACACUUCUUUCCUGACUAAAGUGAAGAAUGAAUGCAGAAAAUGGGAGUUCAAAAACAUUCUGUACUUAAAUUUGCAAUGUUCUUUUUUUAUGUUUAGAAUGCUGAAAUGUUUUUGAAGCAAAAUAAAACAGUAUUACAUUUUUAAGACUUUUCUUGAAAA